GCCAGCAGUAGCAACGACCGCAACGACGAGAGACGAGUAGCUAUGACGGGCGGAAAGGCUCAGCUGCAGCGUGCCAUCAUCCAGAUUACUGAAAAGGCUCCCCCGCCAGACAUCGAUUUCACCCAGCACCAACUUGAAGAUGGCACAAAUGUCAGCACGCAGGAGCGCGUAAUUAAGGAUGUGCAAGCGCCUGCGAUGUUUAUUCCAACGAACGCGCAAUUCUUCUCGCGCGAGGACCCAACAAAGCCUGACGUCGCGUUCUUAAAGAACCACUUCUACCGUGAAGGUCGCGUAACUGAAGAACAAGCACUCUAUAUCCUUGAGAAGGGAACGGAACUUCUCCGCGCCGAGCCUAAUCUGCUGGAAGUUGAUGCUCCUAUAACUGUGUGCGGGGAUAUACACGGGCAAUAUUAUGAUCUUAUGAAACUCUUUGAGGUGGGAGGGAAUCCAGCAGACACGCGAUACCUCUUCCUAGGUGACUACGUAGAUCGGGGGUAUUUCAGCAUCGAAUGCGUUUUGUACCUGUGGUCACUGAAAAUCUGGUAUCCUGACACCCUCUUCCUCCUCCGUGGGAAUCAUGAGUGUCGUCAUUUGACGGAUUAUUUUACUUUCAAACUUGAAUGUAAACAUAAAUAUUCCGAGCGCAUUUAUGAUGCAUGCAUGGAAUCAUUCUGCGCACUUCCACUUGCCGCCAUCAUGAACAAGCAGUUCUUGUGUAUUCACGGAGGUUUAUCCCCGGAGCUAAACACACUUGAAGAUCUUCGCAGGAUCGACCGGUUCCGUGAACCACCUACCACGGGUUUGAUGUGUGACAUCCUGUGGUCAGAUCCAGCAGAGGACUUUGGGCAAGAAAAGACGGCGGAAAGCUUUGUGCAUAACCAUGUGCGCGGGUGCUCAUUUUUCUUCACCUAUCAAGCCGCUUGUCAAUUCCUGGAACGAAAUAACCUUCUAUCUAUUAUACGAGCUCACGAAGCUCAAGACGCUGGAUAUCGUAUGUAUCGUAAAACGAAAACAACAGGGUUUCCUUCUGUUAUGACCAUAUUUUCCGCGCCGAAUUAUCUGGACGUGUAUAAUAACAAAGCAGCUGUCUUGAAGUAUGAAAGCAACGUUAUGAAUAUCCGCCAAUUCAACUGUACACCACAUCCAUACUGGUUACCGAACUUUAUGGAUGUAUUCACCUGGAGUUUACCCUUCGUUGGAGAGAAGAUUACGGAAAUGCUGGUUGCGGUUUUGAACACAUGUAGUAAAGAGGAAUUGGAUGAGAGCUCAGAGGAAGAAGAAGUUCUUACUACUCCAGCCUCACCGACAACUGAUGCAGCCGCUGAACGUCGGAAGAUCAUCAAGAACAAAAUUCUGGCCGUUGGACGAAUUUCACGAGUUUUCUCGUUAUUACGUGAGGAAUCUGAGCGGGUGUCAGAGCUGAAGAGUGUUUCCGGUUCAGGAAAGUUGCCUUACGGAACAUUGGCUCUCGGCGUGGAGGGCAUCAAAGAUGCUAUCAGCAGUUUCGAGGAUGCACGGAAAUCGGAUAUUGAAAACGAGCGUCUUCCGCCCGAUCUUAUCGAUCCAGACGACGUUGCUCCACAUUUGUCUAGCCCUGCAACGCCCAACGAAGAAGGGAAGACAGCACCGUCCCCAAACGGGAUCAAAACAGCUAUCGAGGCGGCAAUCGCCAACGGAUCGACUUCGCCCAAGGCGUCGUCUGCGGCGGAAGCAGCAAUACAGUCACAACCGAUGUCACCAGGGACGCCAACAUCUGGAAGCGCGAUUUCUUCGCCGUUCCGACGUGGGCACGCGCGUCAGGCGAGUCUAGGUACGACAAUGACGAGUCCAAGCACGCGAAGGCGAAGUAUCGAGAGCACGAUCUCGUUGAUCAAGGAAGCUGUCGAUGGAAAGCAGGACCCGAACGAGUUGACGGAGCUUGCGGAUCAACUAUCGAGUCCUACCAGAGAGAAACGCGAUCUUCCGGGAGAAGGAGGCGGUUCGUCGAUCAGACCGGUAGGAGCAUGAGACGGAAUAAGAACCUUUCCUCAUGAUCCAGAGAUUGUGUACAUGUGGUAUACACGGCCUGGAUGGUGUGCGGGAAAGGGUGGACGAUGUGUAUUUUAGCUAUUGACCGAUCAUGAUAUCCUGUGGCAUUGGGAUACAUUUAUUUUCUCGUCUUCCACAGUCUGGCUGUUUGUCAUCAUUUUCCCAUUCUUCCUGUUUCAUCUUCGUUUAAGGAUCAAUAAUAAAAACUGUGUCGAUAU